AAGCUGAAAUGAGGGUUAAUCUCGUACGACUGGUUUUUAAACAAUGGAAACGUGUUGGUCAUGACCGACCAGUUAGCAAGUAGUUCUCCAGUGAGCAGCAUACAACAGAGUGCUUCGUCUUCUCUCUUUGGUAAAACUCCUCUAACGAAAUGCCUUCGAAACGUGGUUUUCUUGAAAGACUUGAUGCUGGCGAAGUUGUCAUCGGAGAUGGCGGCUUCGUGUUCGCGUUGGAGAAAAGAGGAUACGUAAAAGCCGGCCCUUGGACACCAGAAGCAAUAGUCGAGCAUCCUGAAGCAGUACGACAACUUCACCGAGAGUUUUUACGUGCUGGGGCUGAUGUCAUGCAGACCUUUACCUUCUAUGCCAGUGAAGAUAAGCUAGAAAACCGUGGCAAUAAGGCUGCUAAGACUCAUGGGGUUUCAGCAAUCAAUGAAGCUGCAUGUGACAUAGCUCGCGAAGUGGCAGAUGAAGGUGACUGUCUUGUGGCUGGUGGAGUGUGCCAGACACCCACCUACCUUAGCGGUAAAGGCAAAGAAGCUUGUCAGGUUGAAUUCAAGAAGCAGCUUGAAGUGUUCAUGAAAAAAAAUGUUGAUUUUCUUAUUGCUGAGUAUUAUGAACAUGUGGAGGAGGCAGAGUGGGCUGUUGAAGUCUGUAAGGCAACAGGAAAACCAACAGCUUGCAGUUUGUGUAUUGGACCAGAGGGGGAUAUGCAUGGUGUCUCAGCAGGCGACUGUGCAGUAAGAUUGGUUAAAGCAGGCGCAGAUGUUGUUGGCGUUAAUUGCCAUUUUGGACCUAUUAAAUGCCUGGAGACAAUGCGUCUGAUGAAAGCAGCACUUGAUGCUGCAGGUUUGAAAUGCCAUCUUAUGAUUCAGCCUCUUGGUUACCAUACACCUGACUGUGGAAAGCAAGGAUUCAUUGAUCUGCCCGAGUUUCCUUUUGGUCUUGAGCCUCGUAUAUGCACCAGGUGGGAUAUGCACAAGUAUGCACGUGAUGCAUAUGAAAUUGGCAUUCGCUUUAUUGGUGGAUGUUGUGGCUUUGAACCUUACCAUAUCCGGGCUAUCAGUGAAGAGUUUGCCAAAGAAAGAAAUAAGCUUCCAGUUGGCAGUGAAAAGCAUGGAAUGUGGGGAGAUGGUCUAAAGCAACACACAAAACCCUGGGUUAGGGCAAGGGCUUGCCGUGAAUACUGGGAGAACUUGAAGCCAGCUAGUGGUCGACCAUACAGCAGUUCUAUGUCUACCCCAUCAGGAUGGGGUGUAACAGCUGGUGAUAAAAUGCUGGAGCAGCAUGCUGACACUACGACCGACACUGAAAUGAAUGAAGUGUUUGAAAAAGCUAAAACUCUUGAAAAAAGACCUGUAUCUUAAUGCUUAAUUAUUAUUAUUUUGAUAUAAUAAAACAUGGUAUUGGGAACUUGAAAUACUAAUCUAGCAAAUAAAGAUAGGUUGAUAUCAACUA